UGUCGAUUAUAUCGAACAUUGGGCAACACCGAUUCGGCAAAUAGAAUUAACAUCGCACUUAUAAAAUUUUGUGUACGAUUCCGGCAAAAACCCAAUGUAAAUCUUAUUUCGUCCGAAAAUCGCAUCAGUGGCUACAAGCGCCAAUUACUAAACAUUGCUGUUUUAAUAACAACAUUCCUAAUAAAUUAUGUGUGAUUUUGUGAAAUCUACUACAUUCUGUGCUGAUAGCUAGCACACUGAACGCACCUUGAAUGUCAAUGCGUGGUAGGAGCAUAAAGCAUUUCCAUUAUUUCGCGGAAUAGUUUUGAUUUGUUUAUGUUGAUUUGUAAUUUAUAAUCUUCACUGAAAAAAAGAGAUCAAAUACACUUUUAUACGAAACUAAAGAUGGUUUCUGAGUGCAAUGAUGAUGAAGUCGUGGUGUGUCGAGCUUGCAUAAGCGAAUGUGUGGAGUACAAAUCGUUGUACAAGCAAGGCAUUUUCAUGGGUGAAGUGCAUACUUUGGCGUCAAUGCUGGGUUUCAUCACAAACAUGGAGAUCACCAAUGCCGAUAUAGAGAGUUUACCCACUAAUAUUUGUGUGCGUUGCGUCCAAAAUAUUGCCAAAUGUUAUGCUUUUAAGAAAAUGGUAUUGGAAACAGAUGAAGUUCUGCGAAAGCAAUAUGCAGAACUUGACUGUGAGGUUGGCAUAACAUUUACCAGUGGUGAGGGCAGUGUAAUUGAGGACAUUGAAACGGAGUCAGCGGAUUCAAUAGUAGAAGAGCAACAUCUGGAUGCUGAAGAGGGAACGGAUGUAGACGAAACGGAACAGCUACAUGAACUUGCAACGGCAGCUCAAUUCAAGAAAUCUAUAGACAAUAUGGAAUAUGUUGCUCUGACAGUACUGGAAGGAUUUGUAGAAGGGGAUGAUACAACAGUAUCCGUAGAUCAAUCGCAAAAUAAUAUGGAUCAUGAGCAAAACUGCGAGGAAGAGGAAGUGGUGGUUCAUGAAGUUGCAGAAUCGGAGGAAGUAUACCAUUCAGACGCAGAUGUAGAUGGUAGAGAAAGAGCGUAUGAAGAAGUGUACGAGGUAAAACUAUUGGAAGAAAUUGACGAACGUCCAGAAAUACGAACAAAUUUAAAAAGGCCCAUAAUGGUGACGAAAACAGAGGAUAUGGACGUUGAUUGGGUCGUAGAUCGAGAUCCAAAAAUAAAUAUUCCAACAAAAACUAGAAAAAAAAGCAACCAACCAAAGACGCCAAAUCCCGAUUUACAAUGCAAGGUUUGUGGAAAGCAAUUGAGUAAUCAAAACUCAUUUAAAUACCAUAUGCAACUGCAUUCCGAUGCAACACCUUAUCUGUGCAGUCUGUGUGGAGAAGGUUUUAAGACGCGUAAUGCUUAUGAAGGGCAUAUAGUUAUACACGAUCCAAAUAAUCCCAAUACAUGUGAGCUUUGUGGCAAAUCAUAUCGUCAGUCAUCCUCCUUACGGACACACAUGCUGUCACACACGGGCGAACGGCCAUUCCAGUGCGACAUAUGCGGCAAAUCUAUGACUCAAAAGUCUGGCUAUAAGAAACACAUGCUCGUCCAUACGGGUGAGAAGCCGCACGCAUGUGAUAUUUGUGGUCGAGAGUUUAGAUAUUCAAGCAACCUUAUCGCACACAAACGAUGUCACUCAGGAGAGCGACCAUAUGAAUGUUCCAUUUGCAAACGGGGAUUCCCAACGUCUGAGCAAAUGAAGAGGCAUUCAUUAGUGCACACUGGUGAAAGACCAUUUCAAUGUGAAAUAUGCAACAAACGAUUCAAAAGGCGCACAUCAUUAAUGUCCCAUCGGCACACACAUGACUCGGAGCCGGAAUUGAUUGUUGAUCAUAAAGUGUGUAAAUCAAAUGUCGUAGAAAUGUUUUGAAAUUUUGAAAAGAAUAAAGCGAGAUAUAUGAGUACAUAGUAUUUAAAUUAAUUCUAUUAAAUGUAAUUUGUUUAUUAAAUAAGUAUUUGUAGAUUCAUACAAAGUUUUUAUGGAAGAGUGGUCACUUGCGAUUACUAAUUGAAGGAAAGCAUAACAGUAGUACCAAAUAAUUUAUAAAAUGGCUAAUCACGUUGUAAAUCCCAGAUAAUUGCGAAUUUUAAGAUUUUUAAUUUUAAGCGAUUUCAAGACCUUUAAUGCAAUUUAUACAGUUUAAAUAUUUUAUUAAGUUUACUUAUCCUUUUAAAAUAAAUUAAACACAUCGCUACUUA